UAUUAUUCCUACUGCAAGCCUCCCACUGUCAGAGUGCCAACAACAUGUGCAGGAGGAAUGAGAGGAUCCCAGUCACCACUUCUACUGGUAGAGGUGGAGUGUUGUAUAAUGGUUUUGGCGGGCGGUACGAUGGGAGAGGAGGGACCUGAACACAAUAUGCAUGCUCCUCGAUCGAGGGCCCAAGUCCAGAAGGCCUGCGAAUAUCAUCCAUUGACGACUCACUCGAUGACAAUCGUCGACAUCCUUAUCAUUAGCCAGCGUCCUGUUGCAGCGUUGCGAAUGAAGGAACAUGAUUGUCACCUUGCAACCACUGGGAAAAGCGAGGUUUAUCUCAUCUGGCCAUCGGAGGGAAAGGCGCCAACGGACGUACCAAAUCCUAGAACUAGCGGCGACCGCGUAAGAGAUGAGACGAACGAGCGAGCCAGGUACGAUCAGGGCUUCUUUUCGGGCACGGAGAAUUCUGCGUUCGCGUUUGCGUGCGUGCGUUUGCGUUUAAACGCAUGCGUUUGUCACGCUUGCGUUUGCGUGUGCGAACUUGACAAAGAUGCGUUCGUGCGUAAUAAUACUUUUAAGUACUUUAGCUAUCAAAUAGACGGAAUGUAACAGUCUAACGUACUCGUAAAAUAUCUCCGCACCGUACUUUGAUGCCAACAAGGUCUCAUCCCAUAGAAGGA